AUGUCGAGCACGUCAGCCAAGCGUCCUUCGGCCAAGCGCGCCCAUCCCAAGUACAGCGAGAUGGUCGCCGCCGCCCUCAGGGCCCUCAAGGAGCGCAACGGGUCCUCCCGCCAAGCCAUCCUCAGGUUCAUCGUCGCUUCCUUCCAGGUCGGGGACGAGAGGACCGCCGGCGUGCACCUGAAGCAGGCGCUGAGGAGGGGCGUCGCCAGCGGAUCCCUGCAGCAGACCAAGGGCGCCGGCGCCUCCGGCUCCUUCAAGCUCUCCAAGGAGGAGCUGAAGAAGGCUGCGCCCAGGAAGGACUCGGCCAAGAAGAAGGUGACGAAGAACGAGAAGAUUCGGGGUAAGGUGACGGCAAAGAAGCCCAGCGCUAAGACUGCAACAAAGAAAGCCACUACUAAGACUGCAACAGAGAAAGCCAGCGCUAAGACUGCAACAAAGAAACCCAGCGCUAAGACUGCAACAAAGAAAGCCACUACUAAGACUGUAACAAAGAAUCUCGGUACACCAAAGAACGGAGCAACAAAGAAAUCAACAACAAAGACGGCGACAGCAAAGAAACACUCUGCCAAGAAAACAGCAUAAAAAAACAAACCACAAAGAAUGAGAGGAGCUAACGAUCAUCCUGUAAUUUUUUAAAGUUAUAUUAUUGGCAACUGUUGAUUUAUAUUGCAGCUAUUUUUAAGGAUGAUUAUUUACGUAU